AUGAACGAGUACAAGGUUCUAUUUAUAGUGCAUGAACAAGCAGGAUCCUUUGAAUUCAAAUUUCCUAGGAAAUCAAACUGCCAGCCUGAUCCUUUAGUAUGUAACGGAAACAAUAAGGUAAACAGAUUGGGUUUUGAAAGAGUUGAAUCGAAUUCAUGGCUUUUGGGGGUUUUCAGUAGGGUAAUGGAGAACAUGAAUGAAGAGAUUGAUUUGGGGCUUUCUCUUGGUGCUACAAAUCAACGUGUGGAGUCUUGUAGUAAUUCAGGUGUAGGUGCAAAUGCAGAUUUAGGGUCAAGAUUAGACACGAACACAAAGCCAUUUGUGAGACCUCAUCCUUUGACUGAGUUGGUUUGGUCAACUCAAAAUGGUCUAACCAUCAAGUAUACUGGCUGCAGCCCCUGUUUUGCUGACACAAAAGAUGAUGAACGUGUGAUUGAUGCCUCUUUUUUCAGAUCAACUCUUGCUCACACAGGUCCACAAAACCGAAGAACUGCUGAUCUUCUGCCACUACUCUCUAAUGAGCCAGAAAAAUUAGAAAUCAAGACUGAAAACACUGACAGAUUCACCAUGGAUGUUGGAUUGCCUUUGAAAAUGACACAAGAACACAUAAAUGUCAAAAGGGGUGAAGAAUUAAAAGAAGAGGGUAGUUCGAGUGCGCCUUUUCUUGAAAAAAUGGAAGAAACUGCUGAAAAUGAUGUCAUUGUUAAAGAUUCUAUCUUGAAAAAUUCAGAGAAAGAUCAAAAAGGAGGUGAAAAUAGAGAAGAGGGUUGUAAAGAAGAUGAUGAUGAGAGCCAUAAAAGCAUGGAAAGUUGCAACAGUGCUAAUUUAUCUUCAAAAAAGAACAAGGGAUGGAGAUUUGAAGAACAGUUGAUUAUCGGAAGUAAACGAAUCAAGAAACAAAGUCAAGAAUAUUGUCCUGUGGUCAAACAAGAUAGUUCUUUCAUGAAUUGGAUUUCAACCAUGGUCAAAGGCGUAAAACCCUAUCAAGAAGAAACUCCUCGUCCAUUUGAUGAUGAUCAGAACAAAAGAUUAGGGUUUCAAACUGUUUUUCAAUCGCUUUAUUCACAAGAUCCAAAACGACUCGAAACAAAAACAGAGAUCGACGAUAAAUCUGUUAACGCGUCUAAAGAAAUCAUUUUGUUCGAUAAAACAGCAUCCGAUCAUAACCCGUAUGUUAAUUUGAACCAAAAAGCAUUUGGGAACUUAUGGAUCACUCGUCUUUUUCCAAAAAUACCCUCCAACAUAAAUACUUUAGUCGCCAAAGAUUCAUCCACCAUCGACGCCUCUGCUUCUUUUGGGAUGAAACAGUUCGAGAAACCUGUGGAAAAGUCAAAAUGUUUCUUUUGUGGGAAAACGGGCCAUGAAUUACGCGAUUGUUUACAGAUAAAUGAGAAUGGAAAUGUGUUCUUUAAGAAGAAGGUAUCGAGUUUUAAUGAAAUUGCUUCAACUUCUGGGAAUAAUAAGCUGUUUAAUGAAGAGAAGAUACACAGAAUACCUAAAGGAAUGUUCGACACCAUAAGAAGCCUUAGAUUGUCUCGAACAGAUAUCCUCAAAUGGAUGAAUUCCCAUUUACCCCUCACAAAUUUAGAUGGAUAUUUCUUACGUUUGCGUCUUGCAAAAUGGGAAGAGGGAGUAGGGGAAGCAGGGUAUUAUGUUGCUUGCAUAACAGAUGAAAAUCCAUCAAAAGGAUCCAAGAAGCCUAUACGGGUUAACAUUGGAGGUGUUGAAUGCCUUGUUGAAAGUCGAUACAUCUCCAACUGUGAUUUUCUUGAGGAUGAACUCAUAGCUUGGUGGCAAAGAACGUUGACAAGUGGACAAGUUCCGAUGGAAGAACGGUUGACCUUCAAGUUGGAGGAGAGAGAAAAGUUAGGGUUUUAAUUGCAAGAAACAAACUGUAGAAAAUUUUGAAGCAAUGAUUUUCCUUUUAUUCGGCUUGUAAGCUUUCCUUUUUCUAUACGACAUUGGUAAUUGUAUAAUUAGUAUAGUGAGGUUUUAAGCUUUUGAUAAUAGGUGCUUUAACAAACAGACAACAAAAGUUUUCAUCUUGUUUUGGGAAAAGUAUAUGUAUAUAUGUAUGUAUGUGUGCAUAUUUGGAAGAGAUAACACAUGAAAUAUUCACAUGCAUGUGUUGGAUGUUAUU